AUGCCCAGUUCUCUCCCCUCUCCCGCGAAAAAACGCAAAACAACCAACUCUCAAAACUCCCAAUCUAUCCAAAAACUUGAACAGCAAAUUACCGAUGCCAUCAACAACAACAGCUCCCUCAACCCGCUCGUUGACCUUCUUGACCUCACUACAACAACGUUCACCGCAGAAGAAUGCUCGAAAUCGGUGUACGCGCUCUACAGGUCAUUUGUCAUGAUUAUCCGCAAGGGAAAGUUUGUCGUAGCGAAUGAAGAGAAUGAGAAAAUUGUAAAGACGUGGUUAUGGGAGCAGAUGAAUGGAUAUGUGGACGUCUUGACUGGAUUAUUGAAGGAUGAAGAGAAAGGGUUGAGGGUAUCUUCCCUACAAAUUCUUAUGUCGUUACAAAAAUACCUUUCUACCUCUUUCUCCGAACACUCUCCGUCAUCAUCGUCCUCCUCUUCAACUUCACCGCAACCGCAAUUCCACGCAUCACAUUUCCGCAAAAUCGUAAAUGCACUCAUCGUUUGCCCUCCGUCCUACCGAUCGCGAGGCGCAGGUUUGUCAGAAAGGGAAGAAGGACUGGUCGAUCUGGACGUUUUGGACGCGUUUCACGAUACAUGGCUCAGCGUUCACGACGAUAUCAGGUGGUUCUUUCUGCGAGAAGCCGGUUCAAUUAUAUCAAAAGUCUCUGUCAAAGAACACCCAUACGCGUCUCAGAACCUGUUAUCCUUCCUGGAGAAACUCACGACGUUCCCUACCGACUCGAGCGAGCUGAACGCGUGGUGGGUGGAAGAGAUGGGGAAGGCGCCUGCAAAGACGAAACGGCAGAAGAAGGCAGGUGAUGAAUCAGAUGAAGAAGAGGAUGAACCCCUUGCCGAGAAUGACGAGAACGACGAAGAUGAUUGGAGGAAGUUCUUUGAUGAGCCGGACAAAGGCAAGGAUAAGGACUCUAAAGCCAAAUUGAAAACGAAAUCUGAGGGAAGAGUUCAUACGCUGAAUAUCCACCAAUCCCUUCAUUCCCUACCAUCCCAUCGAGCGGUAUUCACGCGUGCAUGGCUGGCGUUACUCCCCAAGUUGUCCAUACCGGGUGAUCCGGAAGGGACGAAAUGUUUAGUUCUACGUGCGCUUAAUGUGAUGCAUAGAGGUGUACUUCCACAUUUGACGAGACCGGUGUUGGUAAUGGAUUGGAUUGGGGUGUGUGUUGAUUAUGGGGGAGUAGCAGGGCUCCUGGCUUUGAAUGGGCUGUACGCGCUGAUGAAGGAGUAUAAUUUAGACUAUCCCUCUUUCUACACACGUUUAUACGCGUUCCUCGACCGCGACGUUCUUCACCUCAAACACCGCGCACGGUUUUUCCGAAUGAUCGAACUGUUCCUUAGCUCGACGCAUCUACCAGCCACUUUAGUCGCAUCCUUCGUAAAACGCCUUGCGCGGCUGUCCCUCAGCGCACCACCGGCAGCGAUAGUAAUGAUUAUACCGUUCACAUAUAACAUGCUCAAAAGGCAUCCUGCAUUGAUGCCUCUCAUUCAUCGGGAUGGAGAGCCAGGGAACGACCCGUUCAACGCAUCAGAAAAGAACCCAUUCAUAACAAAGGCCAUCGAAAGCUCCCUAUGGGAGAUUCAAACCCAUGCAUCGCAUUAUCAUCCUUCGGUAUCCACACUUGUCAAGAUAUUUUCAGAGGCAUUUACGAAACAAAAGUAUGGGAUGGAGGAUUUUUUGGAUCAUACAUAUUCUACGCUGUUCGAAACGGAAGUGAAUAGAAAGAUCAAAAAGGAGCCUGCGUUGGCUAUGGAACAGGACGUGGAGGAGCGGAUUCGUGCAGGGUUGUUUGGCAAUGAUGGGGAGGGUAGAGACCUUGUCGGCAGCCUUUGGACGUUUUGA